GUGUUAGCAGCCAUUCUUUUUGCGACUGGUAAUAAUUUUCGUUACAGUGUUAUGUGUGGACUGUGGCAUAAUGGAAUAUUUCUUUGGUCGUUUUGACGAUGAGCUGUGAAAAAAAUUGUUUUUGGUAACUUGAUGGGCAGUGUCAUGUAAAAUUUUCGUAUUUUCUAUUAUAAAGUUAAAAUCAUAUGAAAACGUGGAUUAAGAAGCAGUUGCAAGAUAUUAUUAACGAGUUGAAGCUGUUCUGCUGAAUAUUCACGGUGUUUAUCAUUGGACGAGACACAAUCUUAGAUAAUGGGAAAUGAGUCUUUAUUAGAUGAGAAGUCCAAAAAUGGCGACAAACACGAUGAUGACUCUAAGAAGAAAAAGAAAAGCAAAAAGCUUAAGAAACGCAAAAGAGUCAUGGAAGACGAUGAGGAGAAGGCACAUAAGAAGAGAAAGAAGUCAAAGAAGGAGAAGCGCAAGAGUCCCCAACCAGAGAGCGAUAUAUCACUUUCUGACGUGGAGGAUUUAAUAAAAAAAUCUAAACAAUGUAAAUCGUCUCGUAAGCAUUCAUCAAUAGAUUCACCGAUGAUAGAAAAUACUAAUUCACACCAUAAAACUAAAAAUGGAGACGCUAAAUCUCAUAGUCAAAAUCAUGAGAAAAUUUCCGAUAAAACGGAAACCCUGGAAAUCAUAUCAUCAAAUUCUGAGACUGAAAACUACCAGGAUGAUUGCGCUAGUCCUGAACUCACGAUGAUAGAAGAUGACUUAAAUUUGGAGGAACUCAUGAAGCAGAAGGAGCUUCUCCAGGCUAGGUUAGUAGCUUAUUAUUCUGAUAGGAGCGACGAUGAAGGCGCUCACGCCAAAGACAAAACAGACGAUGUUGUAUGUAUAAAUGAUGAUAUAAAAUCCCCUGUUCGUAAGAAAUCAAAGAGGGAUCGAGACCAUGACCAUUCGCGAAGCAGUAAACACAAAUCCAGUAAAGACCGAUCCUCAGAGAGGGAUAGACAUAAGUCAAAAAGACAUGAGGAAGAUCUUCGGGAUAUUAUCAAUAGAGAGUCGAAAAGAGAGUUGGAGAAGAAAUUUGAAGAAAGAGAUUAUCGCGACAAGAAGGACCGAGAGCGUCGGAAACAUCAAGAAGAAAGGGAACGAGAAAGAGAUAGGGAAAGGAAAAAGGAACGUGAGCGGGAGCGAGAGCGAGAACGGGAACGAGAGAGAGACAGGGAUAGAGACAGAGUGAAAGAUCGUGACAGAGAAAAAGAGCGAGACAGAGAUCGACGGUCCCCCGAAUUUAGGCGAAGAGAGCGAGAACCAUCGAAAAGUCGGAGGAGGUCGCGUGAGCGGCCGCCGAGUCGCAGAGAGCACAGACAUUCCGAAAGAGACAGGCAAACGCGAGAUCGCAGCCGGGACCGACACCACGACCGCUCCCGAGGCGACGCCAGAGAUAAGAGAAAGAGUUCACCCAAUGAAGUGCCUCAGUUAGUGGCAAGCUCGAGCGACGAGGAGCUGAAUAUUGAUAUCAAUACUGAUGAAGAUGAAGAAACAGAAGAGCAGAUUAUCGAAAGGAGACGCAAACAGAGGGAACAACUCAUGAAGAGGCUAGGUGGUGACAACCAAGCGAACCACGCUAAUUCCGUUCCGGAACAGCAAACCAUGGCUGUCACUUCCCCAACAAAGUUAGGAAGCACUAAAAAUUAUGAUGCAUCUGACGACAAAUCAGAACCUGCAGAAGGAGAAAGGACACCGAAAACUGAGACGAAAAGUGAUCAACUCAUCAAAAACAUUGACGAUGAAGCGACAAGUGGCAUAAAACUUGAGAAGUCCAUCAAAAGCGGCGAGUGGGACAUGUUUGCUGAUCAGGACAACUUCGACAGUGUUGAUACUCCUACUGCCGGUAAGCCUAGAAGUAAAAACGUAUUGGAAAAUCCAUCGCUUACAGACAACUGGGAUGACGCUGAAGGAUACUAUAGGGUCCGAAUAGGAGAAACUCUGGACAAUCGUUAUAGCGUUUACGGGUACACAGGACAUGGCGUGUUCUCGAACGUAGUGCGCGCGCGCGAUCUAGCUCGCGACAACGCUGACGUCGCCGUGAAGAUUAUUCGCAACAACGAAAUUAUGCACAAAACUGGUCUUCGCGAGUUGGAGAUUUUGAAGCGGUUAAACGACGCGGACACCGAUGACAAGUUCCACUGUCUCCGUUUGUUUAGGCACUUCUUCCACAAACGACACUUGUGCAUGGUGUUGGAGCCGCUGUCGAUGAACCUGCGCGAGGUGCUCAAGAAGUACGGCAAAAACAGCGGUAUUCACAUCAAGGCCGUCAGGAGCUACACGCAACAGAUAUUGUUGGCAUUAAAAUUGUUGAAGAAAACUGGUAUAUUGCACGCAGACAUAAAGCCCGAUAAUAUCUUGGUGAAUGAGAGCAAGCUGAUGCUCAAACUGUGCGACUUCGGCUCCGCGUCUCACGUCUCAGACAACGACAUCACGCCGUACCUCGUCUCACGUUUCUAUCGAGCCCCGGAGAUCAUCCUCGGUGUGAGCUAUGACCACGGGAUCGACAUGUGGUCCACGGCUUGCACCAUAUACGAGCUGUCAACUGGCAAGAUCAUGUUCAGCGGGAAGUCAAAUAACGAAAUGUUAAAAUACUUUAUGGAUUUAAAGGGAAAAAUUCCAAAUAAGAUCAUCAAGAAGGGUCAUUUCAAAGAUCAACACUUUGACUCAAACUGCAACUUUAUGUACCACGAGUUGGAUAAAAUUACCGAGAGAGAAAAAGUAGUGACAAUUUCAAGUAUAAAAGCGACGCGCGACCUGCAAGCGGAGCUGGCGCCGGCGCACCACCGCCUGCCCGUGCCCGAGGCCAAGAAGAUGACGCAGCUCAAGGACCUGCUGGAGCGCAUGCUGAUGCUGGACCCCGCCAAACGAGCGUCCGUCAACCAUUGCCUGGCGCACCCUUUCAUACAGGAGAAGAUAUAAUGGCUAUGCUUAACUUGUCUGCUUUAACUGGACCAGGUGGCAAGCGUUUAAGAGUAUAAAUCAGUCCGAUAUCCGCGCUCUCCACUUUGUCGGUGGGUUUGUAACACCGCAGGUCCCGCGGAGUAGUAUAGUCCAAAUGUUGAUUUUAAUGAAACUUCCCCCCCGAUGGAUAGAAAACAAAUAUAUCGGUUUCACUCGUAGCUCGGCACACUGUGAGAUUACGCCCCUGAGCAUUGCGUUUGCGGUGUGUGUUUGCUUAUUUUUCUUAAUGUUUAUAUAUAAUGCCAAUAGUUGUCUGUCACUAAAUUCAAAUGCCGUCUUGUCAUCAUGUUGUGAAAAUUGUUUGAUUGUUUUAAACUUAUGGUAGGUUUUGAAUUAAUUACAUAAAUUCGUUUUUAUGUCAAGUGAAUGAUCGUGGAGUAAUAUUUAAAGAAAAUGUGAAAUAUGUGAUAUAAAAACGUGUCGGCUUAAUGACCAAAAGCGAAUUUUAAUGGUCUAAUGUCCUUUGGAUGAAGAUAGGAAAGCAUCAGAAACAAUUUUGUAAGGCUAUUAGAGUAAACGAAUUACGUAAUUUAACCGGUUUAGGCUACAAAAUAAUACUAAUUUUAAAAAAUACCCUAUCAGCGGUGUGAAUAGUGUUUGUCAUUAGUUUUAUCGAUAUUUAAAUUUACAUUCACAAUUUUAUGUUCAUAAAAUUUAUAAAUGCACUGCUAAUAUAAUAAUGCAUUAAACGUAUUUUGCUAGAUGCGAACAAUGGGUUAAAGAUACCGAAAAAGAAGACUUUGUUUACAUACUCAUUGGAAAACUACAACAACUAAAAUUUUUGCAGUUAUUGCCUGUCAAAGGAAAUUACUGCAAAAAGCUCAAUUAAGGAAAACUACUGUUCUAUCUGUAUAUCUUUAGACUAAAAGUCGGCAGAAUCAUUGACACAUUUUAUAUAGUGAUUUUAUUACUAAUAAACUAUAUAAUUCGACUAUACAUUGGAUUAUUUUUCUUCUUACACAAACGUUAACUGGUACUUGUCAGAAAAUUGCCACGUAACCAUAGUUUAAACCGAGAGUUAGCUUUGGCGUUGGUGGUUAUUUAAAAUACAAAAUGAACAAAAUACUAGUAACCCUACAUUUCUGCAGCGACAUAUUUAUCGAUUAAAAGUGUGCGUGCCUGUAAAAUGUACAUCCCUAUUUAAGGUGAUCAUAUUGGCAGCUCUUACAUUACGUCAUGGGCCCCAUAUUUUUUUUUAUAUUAAGUCUAGUACAUGUUUCUGAAAGCGUCGUAUUGUUUUUUCUAAGGAACUGCCCUCUUGUGCCAUAGUGUUACAUUAUCUUUGGACUUACUCACAAGACGCGAUAAACGUCGAUGGCAUUUCAAUUUGACCGACAGACAACUAUUGAUAUUAGGAAGGAAGAGUUAAGAAGAGGAAGGAAACAGACUGUUAACGCACUAAGCUUAGGGGGUGGGAGGGGAUGUAAUCUCACAGUGGAUCAAGCGUAACACCUAAUAACAUCAUACAAAUAUAAUUAACAACAUGUAAAUUUUAUAGUGUGUAAUUAUAGUGUGGUUUCAGUAAUUAUAAGAGUCGUCAAUUGCUUUUUUCUUACUACUUUCAAAGCUAUGAAAUUAUCCAAGUAUAAUAUGAAGCAAUUUGAAAAUUAUUUUAACCUAGCAGUGUUACAAUAUCACCCAAUGUACACUUUGCCUUCAGAUGAAAUUUGUAAACAACAUAGAUAAUAGGGGAAUAAAAUUGAUAUUUGUGAAUAUUUUAUAAGCAUUAUUUUCUAAAGUUUAGUUGUAUUUGUUAGCACGCGUUAGUAAAAGUGCAACAACCAACGGUUGUUAUUCUAUGGUAAAUUUUAGCCAUAACGUGCACAGUUUAAAAUGAAAAAAAAAGGCCAUCGGAUAGUUUCUGGUUUCAUUUAUUGAGUAAAAUGAGAUACUUACAUUGCUUGCACAAUGUGUUGUACGUAUAUAAUCAUGGUAAUCAUCUAUGUAGACUGUAGCGGGAUAAUGCUAUAUUCUAUGCACAUGGAAAGCAACGGUCACGAUGUAAGUCUCCGUGCCACUACAUUGGCAAUAAGCGAGCCUGUGCUGUGAAUGGUUAUCAUCCAAUGUUCUGUCCCGACAUACCCUACUGCAAAGGUAUCAAGUAUAUUAUGUCACACAAACUUAAACUCUGCUGUCCUGCACAUUCCUGAAUAUUUGCAUGCAUUUUCCUUGAAGCUAUGUGUACUUUGUGAACUUUAUUUUGCAUAUUGUAAGAGUUUCGCUUUGAUUUAGUAGUUAAUACUAUUAAGUGCAAAGGAACUUAUGUUAAAAAUUGCUUUUUUAGAUAAAUUGUGUUUAUUGAUAUCAAGAAGCCGAGUCUACUGUUACUAUACUUUUGUUGGAAAUAGACUGUUACCACAAGAGUAGGGCGUAGCCUGAAUGGCAAAUCAAAGGAAAAUCUCGCCAUUUUUUAAAACAUAUUUGUUUUGUUGUUUUGGUGCAGUAGAAUCGGUUUUACAUAAGUAUAUAUUUAUUGUAUAAAAUUGCUGCAUAUAUUGUUAGUUCCUACGAUCUAUUGCUGACAUGGUCUCGAGUUACUAAUGGCCUUUAUGUAUCUGUAUGUAAUGUGAAUGAUUCAUUUCGUUCUGGAUUGUUUUGGGCCGUAACAAUAGCUAAAAUUUGAAUUCUAUUUUUAUUUAAUAUCAACAAAGUUUGUGUUACAUAUUAGUGAAUUCAUAAUCGAAUAAGACAUGGCGUGCAGUCUGCUGACUAGGUACUCCAAUAGUGUUAAUGUUCUGUGACUUGAUUGUUGAUUUCUUUACGUCAAUAUUGCUGAUUAAUAAAAUGUUUAGGUAUCAAA